AUGGUCUUUGGUCUAUUCGCUCGCAAGCUCGAUCCUUCAUCCAAUACCCAACUACAUACACCCUCGACAUCUCCCUCAAUUUCUCACACAAAACCCCCUUCUUCCUAUCCCCAGCCGAAUUCUCACUCCCCCGAACCCGAGCCCGAGUCUCAGCCUGAGGUAAUAGACCCAACAGCCCUCUAUGACCUCAUACGUUCCGUCCCUCCUCAAACAUUCCACCACCACCACCGCCCUCCCCACACACACUCACCAUCGUCUCCCGUUUCUCCUGCGACCAAUCCCCGUCACCCCAACUCCAUUGCGUGCGCUGCCACGUAUCCUUCGAUCUUUCAAACAUGGACACAUCUUGCCGCAUCGAUGGUGAGGGUGCACUUGUUGAUCACUUGGCGUAUCAGACGGUGUGGAGCUGCUGUGAGGGAAGUGUUGGGAUGGUGCUAUAAGGGGAGACAUACAACAUCUAACGUGGUACCACAGCCGGAAAUGCAAGCACAGCGUAUCCGUCUCCGCCAGUAUAAUCACAAGGAAGAAGGCAAAUGCGAAAGCAGUCAACAAUCCCUCGCCCAGACUUCCACAUCUUCACUUUCAGUGAUGCUCACCCAACCACGCAACAGACCCCAACCUAAAUCCAACCUCCACCAAUCUGACGUCGCUUCUCCCACCAUAGACGGCGGUUCCGAGAAGGAGAAGGAGAAAGGGACGAGGGAGAAGGAUGGGGAUGGGGAUGAGAGGGGGCGAGGAAGGGCGAGGAAGGCGAAAAAGAGUCGUGUGGGUUGA